AUGAAACGUGAAGUCGAAGAAUUGGGCUUACGGAUUUCUAAAGGACGUACUGACAUCGUUGUAUACCAUCGUCGCGAGAAGAAACGUCGCAUAACGGUUGAAUGUAUUUUAGAAGACAAGAUUUACGGCCGAAGCCCUAUUGUUAAUGUGGAGCGAGCAGACAAAUAUCUACGUCCAACAACUGUAGACCGUGCCAAUGCGGACGUACACUGUAACAUCAUUGAAGUAUUUAAAAAUGAAGAAGUUGUUCAAAAAUUUGCCAUGUCCAGAUAUAACAGUGAAGAAAAAUUUUAUACUGAUACAAUAAUUACUGAGAAUUUCUCAUACACUCUUUUCGUUUCGCCAACAAUUUCAAAAACUAUACAAUCAAUGAGCAGCACGUCUGAGCCACGUAAUUACGUAAUGGAUGCAACUUUUAAUGUGGUUCCAACAUCGAAGGAUUUUAAGCAAUUGCUCAUUAUUCAUUUCGUUCACUGCGAACAUACGUUUCCAUUUAUAUAUGUUUUGAUGUCCAAGAAAUCAGAAGAAGCAUAUACGCACAUGUUGCAUUAUUUAAAGUCCAAUAUAUUAGAUUUGCAACCAAACAGAGUUAUAACUGAUUAUGAAAAUGGGCUUCGAAAUGCUAUUAAAAAGUUGUACCCAACAGUAAAACUCGUUGGUUGUUGGUUUCAUUACACACAAGCAUUGCGGCGAAAGGCUUUGAAAAUUCCUGGAUUUAUAAAUGAGUUAAAUAAGAAUAAUCAGGCUAAAGUUUUCUUUAAUAAAUUCUUAUAUUUGCCAUUGUUAAAACCAAACGAUAUAACAGCAGCAUACCAAAUUUUGAAAGCAGAUGCAAUGGAUGUAAAAUAUAUUAAAGGAAAGAUGACAGAAAGCUAUUUUCAACCUUUCAUCAAAUAUUUUGAUUCUUACUGGAUGAAAAAGGAAAAAGUAACGAACUUCUCUGUGUACAAAGAACCGAUCCGAACAAGCAACGCCGCAGAAGGCUUUCAUAGGCAGCUUAAUAUGCAGCUUCCAAAACAUGGCAAUUUUUAUAGAUUUCUUGACUGUUUAUGCGAUUUAGAUGCGGUUAAGUCAAGUGAUUUUUUAAAAUCCAUUUCCGGAUGCACAUCUUUAUACACAAAGAGUAACACUUACCUUGAAAAGCGAAACAAAUUUAUACAGAAGCAAUAUCAGCUACUGAGGGAGAAGAAAAUAACACUGAAUACUUUACUCGGACAGUUCUCUAAAAUGAAGAACUGUAUGAUUGAGGAAAGUUUCAUUAAUACAAUUGACAGCGAUGACGACGAAUCAGAUACAAAUAGCAGUGGAGAAGACAGCACUGACACAAUAGAAAAAGAACAACAAUAUCUUACGUGUAUUAUUUGUUGUGAAAGGGAAAGGCAAAUACUGUUUGAUCCAUGCAAACUUUGUCAACCAUGUUACCAACAACUGAAAGAAAGUGCUAAGCAAAAAGGAACACAAACAUUGUGUCCAAUUUGUCGUGCCAUUAUCAAGAAUG